UACUUCACAACAUCGUGUAUCUUUCCAAUGAAGAUCAAUGGGAGGACACAGACAUUCACCGAGGAUUUUGAGCGGGAUUAACCCAUGAGACUCUCAAAGCCCAAGCAUGAACCAGGGGAGCGGUGCUUGUUUGUGGACCCCAGUGCCGCAGCACUGCCCUGCACCAUCUGAUCGUUACAAGCAUGCUUCUUGUGCCCACAGAGGACAUGUUUACUUACUAGGUGGUAGAGAAAAAUGCUCACUGAUAGAUUUCUGGAAAUAUAAUGUGGUCUGUAAUGAGUGGAACGAGCUUCCUUGUAAUAGUGAAGAAGCACCUGAAGAACUGGAGGAACACACCAUGGUAGCACAUCAGGAAUUUCUCUAUGUCUUCGGAGGAAUGCAAGAUUCAUCGUAUACUAACUCAAAAAUUCCUUUUUGGGUGUUUGAUAUAGUUAAAAAGUGCUGGAUUAACUGGAAAACAGGGAGUGAAACUUUACAGGGAGUGACACCAGCAAACAGAAAAGGGCACAGUGCUGUCAUCUUUGGGUCAUUUAUGUAUGUCUACGGUGGAUACAUUGAUAUAAGAGGAUCAACAAAAGAAUUCUGGAAAUUUGAUUUUGAUUCCAGGAUGUGGUCACUACUAAGCAGUGCACAAGGUGGGCCUGGUCCCAGACAUGGUCACUCAGCUAUGACACACCAGGACUGUAUGUACCUCUUCGGUGGCUUGCAGGGCCUUAGGGAACAGAAGGACUUGUGGAGCUGGAAUUUUACCAGUCAAACCUGGAGCCGCAUCAAUUUCCAUUCAGGUCCCCCCCGGCUGGUUGGUCACUCUGCUGUAUUGUUCAAAGACAGCAUGCUCAUCUUUGGUGGAGGGGAAACCCAGAGUUCCCCUCAGAACAGCUUGUGGAGGUUCAACCUGAAGACAGAGACCUGGAAGAAGCUUGCAUUGUUGCCUGGAUCUGCCUCACUGUGCCGGAUCCAUCACUGCAGCAUUGGCCUAGGCCAGAGUUUCCAGCCAACAGCACCAAACAACAUCUUUUUCAGGGAAAUACCCUACUCUCACAACAUCAAUAACAAGCUGAGACCAUUUAAGAACAAGUGCCAACCGUCCCGCAGCACAAUGCAAGAGCCCUGUAUUGAGCUCCAGACUUUCUACAUGGACAAUAAGAAGUGUUUAGCAGAUUUGAGUACUGCACUGAAAGACACUAAGCUAAAAGGAAGCUGUCUCACCUUUGAGAAUCAGGAGGCUGUUCGCAAGGAGGGGAAUAGUGGUGACCUGACAGAGGAAAACGAGGACGCCAUGUUUCUCCAUAUGCCUGACUUGCUGUUAGUCCUGGGUGGUAAACCUCUACAAGGACAGCAUAUGAUUUCAGUGUGGCAUAUGACAGUGGCAUAAAUCUGAUGUUUUCAGUGCAUUCUACUUUCUCUAUGAGAAAAGAAAAGGCAUUAGCAACAAUACCCAUAUCCUUGUGGGAGAACGUUUGCAUUAAUGGAAUUCAGUCAUGUACAAACUCUUUACAGCGUCUGUAAUUAUUACCUUGAAGGUGAAGUUUGUCAUUUUGUAU